AAAACCAACCACUCCCACAAAUAUUUCAUUUUAUUUAUCCCUAAAGUGCCCCCACACACAUUACACACACUGAUUACUCUGUAUCACACCUUUUCUCCUCUUCCUCAUUUCCUCUCUCCCAUGGAGAACCAGAAACUUACCGAGCGUUCCUCAAGUUCUGCGAGGAGGAGCUUGAAGAGAAAGUUAGAGGAAGAUCUCCAAGACGAUCGUAAGGUUUCUCCUUCUAUAUCUUCCGAAGAUGGUCAUCAAGAUCUGGAACGUGAAGUUCGUACACAGGUCGAGAUUCUUGAGUCAUCUUUUUCUUCAUCUGAGUCAGAUCGAGCCUCUUCCAAACGCGCUAUACAUGUUCUCUCUGAAUUUGCUAAAAACGAGGAAAUUGUGAACGUAAUUGUAGAUUGUGGCGCUGUUCCGGCUUUGGUGCAGCAUCUACAGGCGCCGCCUCUUGUAAGUGAAGGUGAAGGUAGUCACAUCCCAUACGAACACGAGGUUGAGAAAGGAAGUGCUUUUACGCUUGGACUUCUUGCUAUAAAACCGGAGCACCAACAACUGAUUGUUGAUGCUGGAGCUUUGCCUCAUCUUGUUAAUUUGCUGAAGAGGCAUAGAGAUGCUCAGAAUUCUCGAGCAGUCAAUGGUGUUAUUCGGCGCGCAGCUGAUGCAGUAACAAAUCUUGCUCAUGAAAACAGUAGCAUCAAAACUCGUGUUAGGGUUGAAGGUGGCAUCCCUCCACUUGUUGAGUUGCUUGAGUUUGUUGAUUCAAAGGUGCAGAGAGCAGCUGCAGGAUCCUUACGAACGUUAGCAUUUAAGAAUGAUGAAAACAAAAAUCAGAUUGUGGAAUGCAGUGCACUCCCUACUCUUAUACUAAUGCUUCGGUCUGAAGAUACUGCUAUACACUAUGAAGCGGUUGGAGUCAUUGGUAAUCUGGUACACUCGUCACCAAAUAUCAAGAAAGAAGUUCUUCUUGCAGGAGCUUUACAACCUGUAAUCGGGUUGCUUAGUUCCUCCUGUUCAGAGAGCCAAAGGGAAGCUGCUUUACUGCUAGGACAAUUUGCAGCAACUGAUUCAGACUGUAAGAUUCAUAUUGUUCAAAGAGGUGCAGUUCCACCAUUAAUUGAGAUGCUUCAAUCUCCAGAUGCUCAACUUAGGGAAAUGUCGGCCUUUGCUUUAGGAAGGUUGGCGCAGGACACACACAAUCAGGCUGGUAUUGCUCACUGUGGUGGAAUUAUCCCAUUGUUGAAGCUCCUUGAUUCAAAAAAUGGAUCAUUACAACAUAAUGCUGCAUUCGCUCUUUAUGGGCUUGCUGAUAAUGAGGACAAUGUUGCUGAUCUUAUAAAGGUCGGAGGUGUUCAAAAGCUCCAGGAUGGAGAAUUUAUUGUCCAACCAACUAGAGAUUGUGUGGCGAAGACAUUGAAGAGAUUAGAAGAGAAGAUCCAUGGUCGAAUAUUGGGCCAUCUGUUAUAUUUGAUGCGUAUUGGGGAGAAGGUUAUUCAGAGACGAGUUGCUUUAGCCCUUGCCCAUCUUUGCGCACCAGAUGACCAAAAGAUCAUUUUCAUUGAUAACAGUGGAUUAGAAUUGCUUUUGGAGCUCUUUGACUCAACAAACUUGAAACACAAAAGAGAUGGCUCUGCAGCUUUAUGCAAAUUGGCUAAUAAAGCUAGCUCACUUUCACAAGUCGAUGCUGCUCCUCCUUCCCCAGUACCUCAGGUCUAUCUGGGCGAACAAUAUGUAAAUAAUUCUACACUAUCUGAUGUAACAUUUUUAGUUGAGGGCAAACGGUUUUAUGCCCAUAGGAUUUGUUUACUAGCUUCUUCUGAUGCAUUUCGAGCUAUGUUUGAUGGUGGCUACCGGGAGAGAGAUGCCAAAGACAUCGAAAUCCCAAAUAUCCGAUGGGACGUUUUUGAGUUGAUGAUGAGGUACAUAUACACAGGAUCUGUUGAUGUUAAUUUGGAUGUUGCACAAGAUCUUCUAAGAGCUGCAGACCAGUAUCUAUUAGAGGGCCUUAAACGUCUUUGCGAGUAUGCCAUCGCACAAGAUAUAUCUGUGGAAAGUGUCUCUCUCAUGUUCGAAUUGUCAGAGGCAUUUAACGCUUUGACUUUGCGUAAUGCUUGCAUUCUAUUCAUUUUGGAAAAGUUUGACCAAUUAAGUGUUAUGCCAUGGUAUUCGCAUUUGAUUCAACGUGUAUUACCUGAAACUCGAAGUUACUUUGAAAGGGUGCUUACCAGGGCUAUUCAAAAUGACAUGCGAGUCUAGAUGUUUCAGAUUCAGUUUUGUUUUUUUAUUAAUUGUAACCGGGGGAAGGUAGUAUGUACAGGAGUGGUUACUAUUGUAAUAGUCUCAAAAUGAGCGCUAAUGUAAAAUUUACUCAAAGAUGCACUAAUUUUAGAUCUUUGGGUCAACUUAGCUUAUAUGGUUUCAACGCCUGCUAUGUUUGAUGUGGUGAAAGAAUGAGUAUCUACAUUGAAAAUCUUUAUAUAGUGGGUGUGGUAGUGAGAUUCUUAUAGAAUCCUUCCGAGUUUUACACUAAACUUGAUGUUAGAUUAUUCAUUUUAAUGUUGGUAACCAAUA